CGCUUCACUUGCAAUCCAUUUCCUUGUGGCUGUCUGCACCGGUAUUCUGCAAGCUAAGCACUGCCAGCUCUAUUAAAAUAGGACAGCUUUCUGACUCAGCGUCCAGUUAUUUGCCAAGAAACGCCAAAAGUGCAGCUUUUUUCACUUGUGCUACUGCUAUACCUGUUCAGGACCUGGCAAAGACAUAGUGUGCCAUAGCGUGGAUAGCAAUGCCCCUGCUAACGUCUUGUCUAGCCCUGAGGAGCCCUAGCUGACUGAGGAUAUAUGGCGCAUCCAUUCCAGCAGAGGAAGCUUCUUGUUACGGUCUGCAAAGCAGAGAUUGGUUGGGAUCAGCCCGAUGGAUCUAGCCUUCAAUCAGGGAGCGUAACUCUGGUCGCCGGGCCUUUUAGGGCCUCCACACGCAGCGUUCCCGUCAUCCGAUGUCAGAACCGCGACUCCACCGCUCCCGGCACAUGUUGCAACACCCCCACCACCACCUUUGCCAGCGCCAACAACAGCAGCGUCUGCACGCCCAUCAACGGCAGCACCAUCGGCCAGCUCAGCUGGGCUCCCUCCCUGGGUGGCGAGCUGUUCGUGCUGAGUGAGGACUGUCUGCUGGUUUCGGAGCUGGUGGUGGGGGCGGAGCUGUGGGGUAACCGGGGGGGCAGGUGGAACUCGGACUCGCUGUAUGCACAGGCUGAGAUCUGCCUGGAUGCUGCGGGCCAGGCGCUGCUGCUGUCGGGUCGCAGCCUGGAUGUGCGGCUGCCGCUCAUGCAGCCGGCGGGGCAGGCGGCGGGCGGUCGCAAGGCGGCAGGGGCGGGGGGUGCGGCCGCGCCUGCGCCCCCGGUGCUGGGGGUGCUGGCCAUGAGCCUGCUGCUGCAGCCCUCGGAUGCGGAAGCAGCCAUCACGCGGCACCUGCCGGUGGAGCUGCUGCCGCGGCUGCUGCUGGACACCACCCGCCUGCUGCCGGGGGCGGUGGUGCGCAGUGCGGCGGGGGCGGCCUACGUGGACCCCUGCGUGGUGUUCCUCAGGUUCCGGCUAGUGUCCGCAUCAGGUCUGGGUCGCCCUCGCAAGGACUCUAAAGAGACCCGUGGGUCAUCAUCCCCCUGGGGCCGCGGUCACCGCAGCAGCACCAGCAGCAGCAUCAGUGGUGUCCCUGCAGGCAGGAGCAGCUACCCCGGCCACAGCGGCGGCAUGGGUGCCAGAGGGCACACUGGCGGCUUGCCUGGGCAGCACCUGGUGCAGGAGUUGGGAGCCAAGCUGGGCGCUAAGCUGCAUGCACACAUGGACCGAACCAUGGGUCAUGUGGGGGCGUUCAUCAGCCGGUUUAAGCCGCCACAUCGUGGGGACAAGGCAGAGGACAGGGAGGGGG